AUGUUUAGACAAACCUUCCGUCAAGUUGCCAGACAAUCUAACUCUGCUGUUAGAAGAGCCUAUGCUACUGAAGCAGCCACUGCUUCUGAAGCUUUAAAAUUAUCCUUGGCUUUACCUCAUCAAACUUUAUACUCCGAAUCAGAAGUUGAACAAGUUAAUUUACCAUCAAUUAAUGGUGAUUUGGGUAUCUUAGCUAAUCACAUUCCAAUUGUUGAACAAUUGAGACCAGGUUUAUUAGAAAUCAUUUCCAAAGGAGGUGAAACUGAUCAAUAUUUUGUUAGUGGUGGUUUAGCUACUGUUCAACCAGGUAAUAAAUUGACUAUUAGUGCCAUUGAAGCUUUCAAACCAGAUCAAUUUGAUGCUCAAUCCGUUAAAGAUUUAAUUGCUGAUGCUCAAAAGAGAGCUGCUUCUUCUGAUGAAGCUGUUGUUGCUGAAGCUAAUAUUGAAUUAGAAGUUUUGGAAGCUUUACAACAUGUUGCUAAAUAA